CAUGCAAAAAAAAGUGGUCUCCUAUGAGUUGUAGAAGCCUGUACCAGAUGAUCCAGUGGAAAUAUUGACAUCUAGCGGACGGAUGACACCAAUGCAGCUCAUGUAUCAAGUCUCUUCACCUUACCUUCGGUGAGUUCUGCUUUUUAUUAACUACUCAUGUUCCGAAAUCUGCAUUUGAUACUUCUAUGAAUUAUAUAUCAGCUCUAGAUUUAAAAAAGAAUAUAUAUGUUAUGUUGUUUUUGGCAAGAAGAAGGAGAGGAUGAAAGCUCUGACUUCAACUGAAGGUAGUGCAAUAUUUUCAUAUUUCACAGUGAGCUUAGAUAAAGUUAAAGGCCUAAAAAAAUCAAAUUUGAGGACCUAAACAAAUGUUGAAAAUCUUGAAACUUUGACACCACACCAGACCCGGUGAUAACUUUGAUUCUUUAAUGUUUUUGGACAUUGGUAUUAAAAACCGGCCUCUGCAACAUCUUUUAAUUGGAAAGGUGUACCGCCAGAGGCUUUUGCGUCAUGUCUAGACCUAAAAAGAGUCUCUAACCCUAACAGGCAGGUAAGACACUCAAAUGUAGCCGGCAUUCUGAUUGGGUCAGAUUUCCAGGGAAAUCAAACACAGAAAAUUAUUAUUUUAAUUGGAUGAAGAAUAUCAGAAACUGGACAUUAAAGAUAAAUAUCUGUAAAGAUUUAGGAGUGGAAAAAAAGAAUGCUCUAAACACUGUAAAUGCUCUUUGAGUAACCAAAGUUAUAUUGCAUGUUUUAUUUCAUGCACCAGAAUUUUCUUCACAUUGAUGACUAUCUGAAAAAUCCCAAACACUGAGAUAACCUGCUGUGAACUCUGUUGAAGGGUCAGGCUAUCUGCAAAGCCAAUCUAGGAACAAACUCAUAAACAACUUGGCAAUCUAGUCAUAUCUCAUUACAUCUCCAAAACUGAACCUGUCCAGUUUUACUGAAGUGCUGGUUGUUAACAAGGAUUAUGUAAAACUGGUGAGCAGCAAGAAGAGUCCUGUGAAUAUGCUCUUGACCAAUCAGUACAAGAGAAAAUGAUUAAAGUGAGAUUAAAAUUAAAUUGCACAGUGAAAGUUUAUCCAUAAGAUUAAACACACUUCUGUCAUCUCUAGUAAUGAUUUACCUACACUGCACUGAAGGCAACAAAACUAAGAUUUCAAAUGUUGAGUAAGGCAGAAACUUUAUGGUUGCGUGUCCUUUUACAGCCAAAUGAGUUUUAUUAUGAAAUUAAUCUACGGCUUGGAAAAUCUCUGUGGUUACUAUCAUUAUGUCUACAAACUCUUCUGAUGCUCAAAUGAUGGAUUGGCUGUACGAGGUCACUGAAGACUUGGAGAGUAAAAUCUCUUAAAAUGUGAUUUUUAAAGGUUUUCCGACUAUGUUUGCGCUGACCCACCACUGUUUUACUUUGGGAUGUUGUUUUAUUCCAUUUAAAUUUGUGAAAUUAGAAGAUCUACUCACUGAUCUUUCAUCGUAUAAAAGAUGGGUUUGUUACAAAACAUCUAGACGCCCCUCAGGUUUACAGGAAGAACUGUUGGACACAGACACACAGUGAUAUAAGGCAGCGGCUGUACGACUGUAGUUUAGUCGAUCGUUAUCCAGAUAAACUGAUAAGAUUAAGAUAUGAUGGAGAAUAAGAGUGCGGAAGAGUCACAGAAAUAAUCAUUUUUCACUCCACAUGAGAGGUGGCUUUCCUCUUAUUUCCCCUCUUCCUUCUCCACCCCCUCUCUCAGGGAGAAAAAAAAGGAAAGAGCUGUACACAAACCCCUCAGUGUGGACGACAUUCAGUAUCUCAUCACAUCAUGACCAGACCUGCACUCCUGUUCUUGGUGGCCUUUAUUGGAGCUUGUGCUUGGCUUACAGGUAAAUCACAGGAUCUUGUCACAUUUAACUCUAUUUCUUUACAAUUCUAUCAGUUGCAGUUACCGAAAAUAAUAAUAAGUCGCCCGUCUGCUUUUCAGAGGGUUAGUUAUGAAUGUUUUUAACAUAACACUGAGGCAUAAAGGAACCCUUUAUCCACAAACUGCUUAUUGCUCUACUUUUCUUUACUAAUUGUAGCUUUUCUAGAUUAUACAGUAAAAGAAAUGUGUUUUCUUGAUCAUCGAUUUUUGGGUGGAAGUGCAAAAAGGAAACUACAUUAAUGUUUUUUUUUUCCGCCUUUUUACAACAGAUUGGGCAGUGUCUGUUGACUCAAGUAGUAAAUAAAACAACUUAGAUAAAGCCAAUGAAAACUUUGGGAAUUGGUCUGUUAUGUCAUAUUUUAUACUUUUCGAUGUUUUUUAUUGGCUGUAGUAUCUUAUUGUUGACAUUUUAAGCUGCGUAACCUUGUAAAAAGUUGUGUCCUAAACUUAAAUACUUCUUUUUAUCAUCCUUGAGUAAAAUCGUGUUUCUUUUGUUAUAUUUAGAUGCCAGAAAUGCAUUAAAAAAUGAGCGAUCAACAGAAGAAUCGGAGCAGGUAAUGUGUUUCAGAGUCAUAAACAUUCAUUAGAAAGUAUUGAGAGUUCAGUCUAGUCUGGUUUUGCAUCCUCUCCACUCUGAAUAAUGCUGAUUAUUUUUAUUCUGCAGACUGACAGUUACAUGCCCAUACUCUGCCCAUCUUUGCCUGCGCCUUCAUCCCCAUCCACCUCAGGUACUCAUCAAUUAUUUUGUCAAUUUCGACCACUUUGAGUGAAUCAUCUGUUGAGGCGCCAUAUGUAUUUUCAAUGUUGUUAUCUGCUCAAUAGAAAGUGGAUGUAAGAUCUAGCUAUAAAGAGUCACCUAAUGUUGUAUCAUGAAAUUCCUGCCUUUUUUAUUCCGCUGUUUUCUCUCCAUCAGUUCACACUCUCAGACCGGCCGAUGUCUCCGCUCUUUAUGUCCUGGGAAUGCCACGUUCGCACAGGUAGAAAACAAACAAUAAAAACCUCAAGAAUACACUGCCAUUAAAUCAGAAAUGACAAAAAGAGAUGGUUUGUCACUCGCUGAUCAGGUGUUUGUUUUCCUCUUCAGGGAGGAAGCCGCCAGAGUGGUCAGCAGAGUAGCUGGUAAGUCUUUCAACUCUCACCUGCAGCUUGUUGUUGCUGUUCUGCACUCACAACAUGCUGAGUUUUGUUUCUGUGAUUAUGCAACUGUGUUUUUAACUCUAGUCCUCGUCUUUUAUUUUGUUAAAUCGACUGUAAACUUACUCCAUCACUGAUUAACUUUGCUGGGAAUGAAAUGUGGAAACAGGCACUUUUUUUCUCACUGUGCAGAGGGAUUAUACAUCCAUAAAGUUGGAGCAUUUACAGUUUACAGAGCUCUCAGUUCAAGGUCUCCAUCAAGACCAUGUCACAGGAAAUGUCGUCAGACUUGUGGCAAAGCUCUCAGAACAAUAAUCCUAUAGUUGAGUUUAUCUGUAAAGCAUGAGACAGGGGCCAUAAACACAUGUCACUGACCUCUAUUUGACACAAAAGCUAAGAAAACGGUAAAUGAAAGCUCUCACUUUAUCAAUAGAACCACUUUUCUCCUGAAUUGCACAGAGUUGUUGUCCAUGUUUAACCUCGAAGGCAUCACUCAACAUGUGGAUGAAAACCCACCGCAGCCCAGGUAACACACAGACGCACAUUACAUUAACAGCCGCUCAUAAUUUUAACUCUAAGGUUAUUGCUGCAGGUGUGUUUAAUUAAAGUGAGUGUGUGUGUUACAGAAGCUUGUUAAAGGAAGCAGAGCAGCUUUCACUCUCCCUCUCACGUCAGGUACACAUUAACACACUCACUGUUUGUUUUGUGUUUCAAAUAUCUUCCUUAAAGAUAGCUGUAAACUGGAUGAGCUUGUGCUUUUUGUUGUGUUUUUUAUUUUUAUUAUUUUGUGAGCAAAUUUGGCCAGAAGCCUUAAAAAAUAACAAUAUACAAAAUAACCAGCCUCAUCUAAUGGUUCUGUUCGCUUUAGUUGGUCAUUUAGAGGCAAACUUGUUGGUUUAGACCUUUUAUAAUUUUCCCAUAGGUCUGACAUUUGGGUGUUUUUGCUUUUAUCUGAGAAAGGUUGAUGGAUAAAGUAGAAAACUGUGAAGAUAGCAUGAGGAAAUAACAUUAAAGUUUCCUGUUUUCUUCAACUUUGCAGGUGACAGAAUGGAAGUUGGUGAUGCUGUUUGUCCCAGCAGAUUCCAUGUGCGCCUGCUCACCAAAUGUAAGAUUUUAUCAUCACAACAAAAUCAUGUUUCACUCAGUGGCAGUAAAUAUUGUGAGGAGUGUAAAGCUGUUUCUCUCUGCCUCAGGUGGCUGCAGGUGUCAAAGCUGCUGUGCAGGAGGUGGAGGCCGCUCUGCAGCUGUUACAAGAAAAGGUAUCGUGAUUUUUUUUUGUUGUUUUUAAAAAGUUCUGCAAUGAAAAUACAGAAUGUUGAAGAAAAACUAAGAUACUGGUUGUAUCUCUGCAGUUGCAUCAUACUUUGGUACAGGUUGUGGUGUGGAGCUCAGAUCAGCUACAGGACAGGUAAGUCUUAUAACGCAGUGUGAUCAUUUAAUUCAAAGUAUGACAUUUUAUUAUUCUGCUGUUUUAAUUACAGCAGCAAUGACAUGCUCUUCUUUAAUAUUUUGUUGCAGUUGUGGAUGUACGACAGAUAAUAGAAUAAACCAGCGGCUACAUAAAGCAACCCUUCUGAAGACCCUACAGGUCAAACACAGUUUGAAUAAUGGCAUAUGUUUGCUUUGAUGAACUGUAUUCAUUUUCUCACUUUAAGAAAAUGUCCAUUUGUCUUGUAACAGGACUCUCUGAGCGAUGUCUUGCACAAUCCGAAGUGGCAAAGUGAAAAGUCAGACUUCACUGCUGUGCUGCAGUCUGCACCUGCCGUCCUUGAAGACAUCUCAGACUCUGUAAGAACGACAAGCUGUUUCCACAUGCCAAGUUACAAUCAAUAAUACUAUAAAUUACAAAUUAAAGGUUGCACCGCUCUUCCACCAGGAAUAAAAGACAGCUAAACUGGCUGAUGUAAAACUGCUGUCUGCUCCCUGUUUCUUUGUAGGACCUGAACCGAGUCGCUGUUCAGCUGUGGGCCAAUAUGGUGAGUUCAAACCAAUCACAGUCUGAAGAAUACUCUAUAUGUUUACAUCAAGAUGUCUGACAAGAGCAGAGUACUGAAAACCCUAAACAUUCAUGCACAUGCUGUUCUGACACUUGAAUUGACCUCGGGUCUCAGUUAUAAAAUAACCCACAGAUAAGAUUCGCCAUGACUCCUCAAAGCCAAAGCAAGAUGGAGCUGAAUGAUUACAGUUUAUUACUCUGACAUGAAAUGAGAUAAGAGAUGUUAAGAUUAACUCAGUGAGAUAAUCCAGCAGGAUGACUUUCUGUGGCUUUGUUCCAUCCAAAUCUUCACAGAUAUAAGAAUUAUGUAAUUACUUCUUUUAGAUGCUGUGUGGUAAUUUUGUGGCUGCGCUGGAUGACCCCGUUUGAACCUAAAUUCUUUAACCAAUCAUGACGUUUCCCUUCAGAUUCAAUCAUCGACGGGUCAGGCAGAGGUCACGGACAACAGCCUCAUUAAUAUUCCCUGUCCUUCCCAGGUGAGGCACACUGUCCUGUACUUGCAGAAGUCAGGACAGGACAACGUGGAAGUACAGAGUGUUGUCCUUCAGUCACGAUUUUAAUGUUUAAAACCUGAAACAGUGGUUAAACCUCAUUUAACUCACACUUUCAUUCUAGGAGCACCCUUUUCUGCGGACUCAGAUAAACUCCCCCGCUGACAGAGAGUCGAACUCCUCUCCAAUCACAGAAUCUGUAUGUUUUUAACUCUUAUACUCGAGUGCUGCGCUUAAUCACAGUUCAGCUCAUUUCAGUUUGCUGCUCUGUAUUUUACAGUCGAUGGGCACUGAGAUAAACUGCACUGAUCGCAAUCCAUCUCCUACUACACCCACCUCAGGUGAGAGUAUAUUUCGAUGGCUUGGUCUUUACAUCUGCUGUGACAAUAUGGGAAAUGUAGUUCCAUCUGACGUAGCUUAGAUACCUUAUCCUCUGUGUAGUUCAUGAACUCAGACCUGGAGACAUCAAGGUGGUGGCAGCAGUGGGUGAUUCAUUGACAGUGAGUGUUUCUACACAAUCGAUUACUAUUUUUGAUCAAUUCAACAUCUUUGCUAACCCAAAAGGAGAAUCACAUCUCAGUUGUUGGUUCUUCUUUAUUUCACCGUCUGAUGUUCUCUGUAGGCGGCUAAUGGCGUGGGUGCAAAGGCAGACAACCUCCUGUUGGUGAUCAAUGAGUACAGAGGACUAUCAUGGAGGUGAGAUCAGCUUCAGGACCCGCUUCUUUAAACUCUGAAAUGCAGCGAUCAUUUUGUCAGCUCUAUUUGAACUAACAAGCUGUUUCCUCUAUUUCUCUCUCUUUUUUCAGCAUUGGUGGAGAUGAAAACAUCACAACUGUGACCACUUUACCAAGUAAGUGUUGAUCCUCUUUGAUUUUUAAACCACCAUAAAAACCAUGACUCAUAUCUUAAUUCAUUAAAUGCAGGAUGUCAAUAAAAACCUGAGAUCAAUUACUCUUUCUUAUUAAAAUCAAUAUUAGCCAUCAUCCGUGUGACUGUAUAUUCAAGGAUAUCUUUAAUCAUCAACACCAUCAAGAUAUGCUGAAAUAAAAUUUUAUGUCAUAUGUUUAUCAGAGAUUUUAAAUAACUUACUCCGAUAAUGACAAAUGAAUGUAUUUAACCUUCACAGUUCAUUGCAUGUGGACAAUAAAUUAUGUAAUUCUUCUGUAAGAAAUCAUAUCACUGUAAUUACUCUUGAAAUUUACAACAGAGAAAUCUAUGAUCUGUGUGGCUCUGUCUGCUACAAGCUAGUUUUCACAAUCGUGUGUGUGAAAGUUAGCCUGACUAUGUCUUUGUUAAUGUUCUGCAGACAUCCUGAAGGAGUUCAACUCCAACCUGACAGGCUUCUCUGAGGGAAUAGGCAAUCAGAACACCCCGACAGCCUUCCUCAACCAGGCUGUAGCAGGAGCCAAGGCCGGGUCAGUCAUCAUUUACUCCGUUAAUAUGAAUAUUCCUUUAAAUUUGCAGAAAGUAUGACACCAGGAGUACCAGGAAUUCCCACAUUUUUAACAUUCUACCAUUAAAUCUUUGUAAUUUCAGUGAUAUGGUACAGCAGGUGCACGUACUGGUGAACAAAAUGAAGACUGACUCGGUAAGGAAGUGUUGACCUACAAAAUAAGCCGUGAUGUAACCCCUGUUUCAGUUUUAUGUUCCCCAAUCAUCAAAUUAAUGGAGUGUUAAUCUCUUAUCUUUUCCAGCGCAUUGAUUUCCACAAUGACUGGAAAGUCAUCACCAUGUUUGUUGGAGGCAACGACAUUUGUGACUUCUGCACAGACAGCGUGAGUUCCCAUAUUUAGUCUAUCAGAGUCUGUACAAGCUUAGAGGUUACACUUUGAUCAUUUCCGUAUAGUUGUUGUUCUUUAUUUGUCUCUGAGAGCAAAAAUAAUUGAUUCAUUAUUUUCAAUUUGCAUUUAAAGGCAAAAUCAACCGAAACAUUAGAAGUAUUUUGUAUUAAGGGUGUAUAAUUCAUCGAUGAACAAACUGUUUUAGGUUUUAUUUGAAUGUUUAUUUCAUGCUUUGGUCUCGUGUCUGUCCUCAUCAGGUUUACUUCUCGCCCAGGAAUGUGGUCAGUCGUAUCCGUGAAGCUCUGGACAUCCUCCACCGUGAAGUAUGACUUCCUCCUAUGCAGAUUUUCCUAAUCCAAAUCACAGUCAGUCGUCAAGUGUGUCUGUUCAUAAUCCAGGUGCCUCGUGCUAUCGUGAAUCUGGUGGAGCUGUUAGACAUUGUUCCACUACGUGAUCUGCACAGUGAUAAAACUCUGGGCUGUCCCACCUGGUUUGUGAGGUUUGUAACUUUAAACUGUGCAAAUCCAGCAGCUUAAUGAAAAGAACAACAUAACUUAAUAGUCUUUAUAUGUUUACCCUCCAGUUUAGUUUGUCCCUGCAUACUGAAGCCUAAAGAGGGAUCCUCUGAACUGCAGAAAGUCAGAGACUUCAAUGUGGCCUAUCAGGUACAUAAAAAGAGAUUUUUUUUGUCAAACAAUCACAGAAAAGUCAAAGGUAUUGAUAGCAAAGUGCAUCAGAUUGAAGUAAAAAUGCUACAUUUACAUUAAUGAAUUCUCAGCCAUCAUAUUUCAGUCGUUGUUUGUUCUUUUCAUAUUUUAUCUUUCUGUUCAGCUUACUAUGAGAGAGCUAAUCGACUCUGGGCGGUACGACACACACAACAACUUCACAGUGGUGCUGCAGCCUUUCUUCAGAGAGGUUUUCCUUCCCUAUUUAGAGGUACGAUUUGACACACCUGAGACACAGUGUUCCUCAUGAUAUUGAUGUAUCUUUUGUCACAUUUGUAUUCUGUUCCUGUAUCCACCUCUCUUUAUUUUCUCAAAGGAUGGUCGGCCCGAUCGCUCUUAUUUCACACCUGACUGUUUCCAUCUGAGCCAGAAAGCUCACACCCUCAUGGCUCGUGCUCUCUGGAACAAUAUGGUAGUUUUUCAUUUAUCAGAACACAUUUAUUAUGUCUGCAUUAGCCAAUUUAGUUUAACAAGUUUAAAAUGAAUCACUGACUUCUUAAUCUCUUAGUUCGAGCCAGUGGGUAACAAGACUUAUACACAGGACUUCACGGCAGGAAUCGACCUGAGGUGUCCCCCUGAGGUAACUUGUCACAACCCAGAGUAAAACUUCACGCUUUAUGCUUCUGGUUUCAUUAAUUUUGACUUUAUGUGUGUUUGUAAUUCUUAUUCUGUUAGAGCUAUCCAUUCAUCAGGACAGCUAUCAACAGCAACUACACCUUCCCAGGCCCUCCCCCAACCCCUGCUCCUGUUACAGUACGUCAUAUCAAUCUUUCAGAUCGAAGAUGAACAGUAAUCAUAACUGAUCAAUGAGAACAACUUAAAAGAAUAUAUAUAAGGUUGUUUUUUUUUCAAUUUCAGAACUGGGGGAGUGACUUUUAUUGUGCAAACCUGGCUCCAUCCAACUCUGUGCCCACAUCAGGUAAGCAAUAAUUGCUCAACUGCUGAAAACAAAUGUAAAGGUUAGAAGUCAAAGUUGCUCAUGUGGAUAUUUUCUCAGCUCACAGGGUUCGACCAGCUGACAUCAAAGUAGUAGGUGCUCUGGGAGACUCCCUUACGGUAACUCAAGAACAUUAAUUAUCUUUCUAAACCGUUCAGUCAGGAAGUCUGUCAUCACGGAUUUAACUAUUUAUUGUAAAAUGGAAAUAUAGUUUAACUUCAUGUUGUCGGCGCUGAUACAAAGAUGCAAUCAGGUUUGCCAGGCAGUGUACCACAGGUUUCAAAGACACAGCAUGCUACAGUAUGGACAGCUAAAACAGAUUACAUAAGGAGUAAUGUAUAGUUAACAGGUGGCGAGAAGGACCCAGACAAUCCACGAUUAAGAAUGCUAACAGAAACUAGGUUUUUUUUGCCACAGUGUCAACAGGCAGUGGUGAAAGUGCCAGACUUCUUUUUAGAGAUUGAUAUGACGUGUGAUCUCUGGUGUCGCCUCUGCUGUUGAAAAUUGAUAACCUUUGUUAUGAGGUUUUUUCCAAUCAGAGUUAAGUAUUUAGCACAACUCAUUCAUUAGAGAUACAGCCAGGUAAUAAAUAUUGUUGACACUGUUAUUAUUUCAUGACUUAUUCCAAGAACAUAUAAAGAAGAAGAGUACACUGCAUAAUAAUUAUAAAGAUUAAUAGAAUAGACACAGGCCAAGUAGAGAGAGAGACAUUCAGAUAGAAACAGAUGUUUAAGAAUCUUUGUAAAUGUAGCAAUAAAAAUAGCAAAAAUAAAUGUUAUUUUCUCCAUACUGCAAACUGAAGUUUACAAUAAAAGAGACUUAUCAUGAAGCCAGGGUUAAACAAGAGAACAAGACCCAAAUGCAGAACAAAGGAUUUAAUUAAAAAGGAAAUAAAUGAAAAAACAACAAAAACUUCCUUUAAAAUAUGAUAAAUAUUUAAAAUAUGAAAAGGCACUAAAGGAAAAAAAUACAAGGAGACUAGGAUACAACUACUACUACUACUACUACUACUACUACUACUACUACUACUACUACUACUACUACUACUACUACUACUACUACUACUACUAGGAAAGACACUCACCUCACACACAGUGAACCAACAAGGACAGAGGGGAAGACAGGGACUAUAUACACACUGGGAAACGAGCAACAGGUGAGGCUAACGAGACACAGGUGAAACUCAUAGGUGAUUAACGAAGGAGGGAAAAACUAGGGAAGUAAAACCAGACUAGAAACAAAAGGAAUCAACAACUACAAGAUAAGACUGGACUACAGGGGGACAGAAACACUAAAGAAAAUACACACUUAAACAAAACCAUAAGAAAACUAAAUUAACAGAACAUAUGACACUACUUUGUACAAAUAACAUAUUUUGUUUUCUGCAUGCAGGCUGGCUUUGGUGCAAAAGCAAAGAAUCUGCUGCAGCUUCGUACUGAGUACAGAGGGGUGUCGUGGAGGUGAGAGCUCGCACUCAAACUACAUACCAAACAAAAACAUGAACAGCUUGUUUAAUCCAUUUUAUCCACUAUUUGUUUCUGUGCUUUUGCUUGGUUAGCAUCGGAGGAGACAAACAACUUGAGACUGUCACCACAUUACCAAGUCAGUCCCCAUGCUCCUCUCUCCUGGUGACAUGUCAUGCACGCCGGCACCACUAGAUAGCAGAGUUAGACUGCAACAGAAACCUGUCAUCUGUCUGCUCUUCUGUAAUCUUCUUCUUUCCUUUACAUUAGAUAUUCUGAAGAAGUUCAAUCCUAAUAUCAAAGGAGUGUCAAAGGGGCAGGGGAAAUGGCAGAGUGGCUUCAACGUGGCUGUAUCCGGAGCAAAAAUAGCGUGAGUUCUUGCUCUCUCUUUCUUUGAACUUUUAUUAGCUUUGUCGGUUCUUUGGAAAUAUUUUGUUUGAAACGUUUUGUGCAGUUAUGAAAAUGUCUUCUGUCGUGCAGAGGUGUUCCAGGGCAGGUCCGACGCCUGAUCGACCUCAUGAAAAAUGACACUGUGAGUGUUUUUGGAUGUGCAUCAGUAAUUAUAAAAGAGAGUCAUAUUUGUUCCUGAUUCUGUUACAUAUUUUUGUAUAUAGAAGGUGGAUUUUGAGAAUGAAUGGAAGCUGGUGACCCUCUUCAUUGGAGGCAAUGACUUGUGUCAAUACUGCAAUGACCGGGUGAGUUAUUUUUAGAACGUGAAAUAAAGGAUAAUCCACGGAUGAAGGGUAUUUUCAAAACUCUCCUCUCACCAAAAACAGCCUUUCACUGAGUCUCAGUACUUCAGCACCUCUCAUAGUAUUUUGCUCUGCUCUACUCAGAGCCAUCUCAUGAUAUCACUCCCCAAACGGGACCGCGCUCUGGAGCAGAAUAAUCAAGCCUUGUGAGCAGCCCUCCUCUAAUUGUUUUAUUGUGUCGGAGUAAAAGGAGAGCAGACACGGUUUCUUUUCAAUGAGCACAUUCUGUCACUUCUCCCCUCCGACGCAAAACAACCCCCUUCACUCCCUCCUCUAUCUCAGCUACUGUCUGCAUUAAACAAUCACACUACGGGGCACACUGACAGGCCUUGUUCUCCAAGAGGCAUAAACAACGCAGAGGUCAACCCAGACUCUCUUCUUCCCUCGCUGUCUCAUUUCCCUGCAUUUCUCUUUAUCUCUCUCUCCAUUACGCUCCACUGACAGGACAGUCUCUCUUUUAAUGUUUGUGCUUUGAAGCAGAAUAUCAAAGCAGAGCAUCAAUUUGAGAUGAGCUCCGAGUCUGUAGUGGCAGCUUAGGGUUAGCUGUUGCUCGUACGCUCAUACAUGUUGCAUGGGAUUGGCUCUUUGGGGUGAUAAGUCCCUUUUUAGCCUCCAACUUAGCUAGUUUUCUUACCCUUAAUUUAUUUGCUGUUUUCUUGCCAUAACAGACUGAAUUUGUUAACAAAAUGGAAACAAGUGUCUAUCAUGAAUUAAUAAGAGGCUUUAGCACUGUUUGUGAUCUGAUUUUUACUUUUGUUUCAAACCUGCAGGCCUCUUUGUCACCCCAGAACUACAGCUAUCACAUGAUGACAAGCCUGGAUAUGCUUUAUAAAGAGGUAUAACAGUGUUAGAAAACAAGAGCUGAUAAUGCAUCAAAAAUGUGUAGUUUUCCUUCCUUUUACGCUGCAGACAUUGUCAAUUCUUGUUUUCUGUUGGCAAAGUUGGUUAAAGAUCUUUGUUCUUUGGCUACAGGUUCCCAGGGUGAUUGUCAAUGUUUUGGAGAUCCUUGAAGUUGAAGGCCUACGUCGGAUCAAGAGGGAUAGCCUUGGGUGUAAUGUGUUACAACCGUACGCUCAUCGAUCCGCUCAUACCAAAUCAAUUCUUCAUAAUUCAAAACCAACCAGCUGCAGGCAGAUUGCUCCUUUGAUUCACGAGCAUUUCUUCAAACCCUGUCAUGUUUUAAAUCGAUUAGUUUCUUUGAGAUUACCUUGUCCCAAAAUCCCCAGUAACUUCACUAAAAAGAGUUGCAUUUAUCAAUCUGAAUUGUAAGUUAUUCACUAACAAGCAGCUGAGCGUUUGUCUUUUGAUCCUCAGGUUUGUCUGCCCGUGCUUUUUGUUACCAGGAGAGGAUUCCCCUGAGCUGGCAGAAGUCAAACGAAUCAAUCGGGAACUACAGGUGAGCAGACAGAAACAGUGAAGCUGAACUGUAUAAAUCAAAGUCCCUUUUACUACUCAGAGGGAGGUUGAGUUUAAUCUCUUUCUCUCUGAUACUUGAGCUUCUCUCUGCAGAGAGGUGUUUGAGCUGAGUUUGAUACUAUCAGGCUGUUUAACAUUCAUUUGCCUAACAGAAAAAGUCCCUCUGUGCUCCCUUUACAUAUGGGUCUAAGCUGUGCAUGUUAACACUCGAUGUGUAGGUGUGUCCCAACUUGUUCAGAGCCAAUUGCUGUGCAUGGUUUAACUAAAAUCCUUUAGCGGAUAAGUCCUCCAGAUGAAGAGAAUAGAAUUAUGAAUAACAAAUGCUUUAUCGCUGAAUAAAUUAUCAAAGAUUUGUAUGAAAGAAGGCUCAUCACAAUUCCUCAGAGGUCAAGUGAUGUCUGAAAAUCACUCCUUUUGUCUAACUGACAGUUAAAAAUCCAGAGAUACCGCGUAUGCUGUUAAAAAUGAGAAAGCAAAGCAGCAAAGGCUUACAUUUUUUUGCAGGGGCGUUUCUAGAGUUUGGGCCAGGGCAUGGGCAGGGGUGGCCGGGUACACUAAUAAAGAGCAUUUACCUUUUCCGCGUUAACUUUCAACUUAAAUAACUACCAUUAAAGGAUGAAGCAGUGAUCAUUUUCCUAUUUCUGAUUUUCGGAUUUGAAAAAGAAAAUAACAGUGGCAGCAUGUACUAUAUAUUUCGCUAAAAUGAAAAUGUGCUUCAUUCUGAUAUAUAUAUAUAUAAAAAAAAACCGCUUGUACCAUCAUAGCCUAAGUGGUUGAUUUAAACUUCAGUCCUCUUUCAAGAUCUGGUGCAGUGAGUCAGAUUUAAAGGGGGGCAAGAGCCACCCCUGGCCACCUUUCUGGAUAGGCCCCUGUUCUAAGAAGCUAAAGCAGAAAAAUGCAAUUUAUUUCUGUUGAAAAUGAGCAAAAUUAAUUUGAUUAAAUUAGAUUAAUUUUCAAAUUAGCUUGAGAUUGAUUAAUUUUUUCAUUGCUUGUUUUAGCUAAAUAAUUGGCUUUAGGAUUAGAGUCAGAUUUGGUUUUCCUGGGCCAGGUUUCAUGGGAUUUGUCUCAGGAUUGACACAAGACAGGCCUGUGAAUUCAACUUUGUAUUUGUAAUAGUGUAGUAGGAGACAUAUUGUGCAUUUGUAGUCCUAAUAUGAAAGUCCUACCAAUGCUGUAUGUUUUCCUUUCAGAUUGUCACUGAAGAGUUAGUGUACGGAGGCCGCUAUGAUGGCAGAGAAGAUUUUGCAGCGGUCGUGCAGCCGUUUUUCAAGAAUACUAUUGUUCCUUUGAAUGUUGUAAGCCAUCUGCAGACCUCCAAACUUCUACACACACAAGAAUAAACAUACGCCUAAGUUUGUUAUGAGUCCUUCCACUUUACAGCACAUUAUUUCUAAGAGGUAAUAUUUCUACUCCAGGAUGCUAGACCUGAUGAUACGUACUUCUCUGAAGACUGCUUCCACUUCAGUGAACGGGGUCAUGCUGACAUGGCUGCAGCUCUGUGGAAUAACAUGGUGAGUUAUUUUAGGGCUAACUGUGUUUGUCAGUGGAAAUAGUUUGGCUGAGUCUCCUGGAGUAACCACAUCUCACUGCAGUUUAGCCAUUAGCUGAGCAAAUACGUGCUCUGUUUUAUCUCUAGUUGGAGCCAGUGGGUAAAAAACAGACCUACAACAACUUCAGAAACAGCAGAGACGGUCUUAAGUGUCCCUCUGAGGUAAGAAAAUCGACACACAAACACUUCCUCAAAGACCCAGUGGUGAGUUAUGUGGCUCUGUGUCUAUUAUAGCCAAUUAUAAAGGAAUGUUUUUGUGUGUUUUAGGAGCAUCCAUACAUCUUCACAAAAGUGAACAGCCUGCCCAUGACAACCACCACAUCAGCACCACAAACAGGCAGCACAUCUCCACCCCACACCGCCACCACCCCAGCACCCACUACAAGGAGCACAGCCCUGCCUCUCGACCCUAAUUGCACCGACACCGUGCCUGUAUGGCUUGCUGCUGUGCUGGCCGUAACAGGGCUCCUGAUUGGCUGGGGUGUCACCUGGCUCCUCCUCUCCUAUAGGGCAAGGAGCAGCAAGAGGAAGAUGAUGAAUACAGUGGAGAUGAAGGGCACAUAUUUUUGAUGUGCUGCUCGCUGUAACUUAAGACUGGAUAAUUCUAGGGAAAAAUGACAACAUGUUGAGGAACAUGUAAAUGAUGAUGAGACUGUUUUAUAUUGUUAGAUAUGAGAAAGUAAUCCAGGAACUACAGGAAGUUUACUACAGAGCUGGAAAAGGAACUAUUUGCUUUUUUCUCAGGAAAAGUUAUAAAGAAGAAAACAACAAAUUCUUAUCGGCUCUUACUGUCAAAUCAACCUUCACUUACACGUUAAAGCUGGUUUUACAAGUGAUGGAGUAAGCUAUGCAAUGAUCCACCACAGUACAGACACUAUGGAGGUUAUUUCCAAUAGUAAACAAAACUGAUGUUCAUUAACUUAUUGCUUGUAUUAUAAAGACUUGAUUAAGAUUAAAAUGUAUCCAAUUUCAUUUUUUUCAACUUAAGUUUUCUGAUCAAUGUUAUGUUGUAAAAAUACCAAGCCUGCCUCAAAACUUUUUGAGUCGUUGAAUGAAACUCUAAAUGUGAAAAAUGUUACUAAGACCGAACAUUUUAAAGUGAAUCUCAAACUGCAUAACCAUUUUGUGUGUUGGUAAAUGCUAGGACGUUCAGUGUGAUUCACCGUUGUUUUCAUGUCUGUUUUUUAAAUAAUUUAAGUACCUCUGAUUGUCACAAAAUGUUUUUCUAAUAAAUAAUUUAAACAA